AUGGCGGCAUCAGUAACUUUACAGGAUAUGCCCGCGGGGUCAAAUAAGCGAAAACGUGUCGAGGAGGAAGAUGGCGCAGAAAACACAUCCGGAGCAGUUCCGGUACAACAACCCAGCAAGAAGAAAAAGAAGAAGCGGUCGAAGGGUGCGAAAGGUGGGGAUGAAUACGAUGCGAAUAAGGUCAUGGGCAAAGACGGAGGUAUUGACGAAUCCAUUGGGAAGAUGGACGGGAAGCUGCUGGGAGAUUACUUUGUCCAACGAAUCAAGAGGCAUAACAAGAACUUGACAGCUGUGGAAUUAGACGAUUUCUACAUCCCAGGUAGGUUGAAGUUUUGUAGUAUCAGAUUAUUUUGA